AUGGAUUCUCCUCCCGCGCCCUUCUUCUCCCUCCUCCUCCUCCUCGCUACCCUCCUCAUCUCCGCCGCCACCUCCCAACCCCCGCCGCCCACCGCUUCCGCCUCAGCCGCAUGCAAAUCCUCACCCUACCCAAAGCUCUGCCGCUCCAUCCUCGCCCCGGCAUUCGGCUCCUCCAACCCCCCUUCAGACUCCUACUCCCUCACCAAAUUCUCCGUCAAGCAGUGCACCAAGCAGGCAACCAGGCUCUCCAAGCUCCUCCGCAACUUCCUCGCCACCCCACGCGCCUCCCGCCUCCAGGUAGGGGCCCUGGAGGACUGCCUGGAGCUGGCCGACACCAACGUCGACUUCCUCGACUCCGUCUCGUCGGCGCUCCUGGCGGCGGAGGACGACGAGGAGGUGGUCAUUCAGGAAGUUACGACGCUGCUCAGCGCCACGGUGACCAACCAGCAGACGUGCGCCGACGGGUUGGUGCAGAGCGGGGUGGUCGGAGGGCCGGGGUUGAGCUUGCCGAUGGUGAACGCGACGCAGCUGUACAGCGUGGCGCUUGGGCUCGUGACGAGAGCCAUGGACCGCAACAACUCGAAAAAGAAUAAGAAGAAGAAGAGGAUUGGUGGUGGUGGUUUUGGCGGUGGUCCUGCUGGUUGGCGCGGAUUGCGCGAGCCGCUUCCGAAUCUUAUCAAGGAUCUAAGGAAAAGUCCGAGCUGCCGGAAACCGGGCGGCUGCGGCAGGGUAGAGCGCAAUCUCGACGAGGAAAGCUCCGGCGGCGGAAGCGGCGUGAUGGUGAGGGAUUACGUCAUCGUCAGCCCCUCCGGCGAGGACAAUUUCACGACCAUCACCGAAGCCAUCGCCGCCGCACCCAACAACACCAAGCCGGAAGACGGGUACUUCGUGAUCUACGCGAAGGAAGGUAUCUACGAGGAGUACAUCGUUGUCGCCAAGAACAAGAAGAACAUCAUGCUCAUCGGCGACGGGAUCAACCGCACCGUCAUCACCGGCAACCACAGCGUCGUCGACGGCUGGACCACCUUCAAUUCCUCCAGCUUCGCCGUUUCCGGCGAGCGAUUCACGGCGGUGGACGUCACGUUCCGUAACACCGCCGGGCCGGAGAAGCACCAAGCGGUGGCGGUUAGAAACAGCGCCGACCUCUCGACCUUCUACCGCUGCAGCUUCGAGGGCUACCAAGACACCCUCUACGCCCACUCCCUCCGCCAGUUCUACCGCGACUGCGACGUCUACGGCACCGUCGACUUCAUCUUCGGCAACGCCGCCGCCGUCUUCCAGGGCUGCCGCCUCCUCGCCCGCAAGCCGCUGCCGAACCAGAAGAACGCGUUCACGGCCCAGGGCCGGACCGACCCGAACCAGAACACCGGGAUCUCGAUCCACAACUGUACGAUCGAGGCGGCGCCGGAUUUGGCCGGAGAUGUGAAUUCGACGACGCUGAAUUACUUGGGGCGGCCGUGGAAGCAGUACUCGCGGACGGUGGUGAUGGAAUCGUACAUUGGGGGUUUGAUCGAACCGGUUGGGUGGUUGGAGUGGAACGGAUCGGUCGGGUUGGACACGCUGUACUACGGGGAGUUCAGGAAUUACGGGCCGGGUUCGGAUACGGGCCGGCGGGUCAAGUGGUCGGGUUAUCAGCUGAUGGAUGUGACGGAGGCCGUGAACUUUACCGUUUAUAAUUUGACGACGGGGGACACGUGGCUGCCGUACGCUGACGUGCCGUUCAAUGCAGGGUUGAUUCAGUCUUGA